AGUUGCUUAGCACGCAAAGUGUCUUUCUCCAGAAAAUGGGGGUGACAUUAAUUAUGGUAAAAGAAAGAAAGAGGGAAAAACUGAAAAAGGCACGUGUCCUCUCUGUUGUUCAUUCCUCUUUUUAUUCAUCAAACGAAACGAACAAAGAGGAGAAGCUUCUCUUUUGAUUCUUUUCCUUUCUUUCUCUCUCUCUCUUCAUCGCCUCUUGGAGCUCGAUGGUUAGUAAUAUUCUGGUGACCGGCGGUGCUGGUUACAUCGGAAGUCACGCGGUGCUUCAGCUUCUUCUCCGUGGCUACACCACCGUCGUUAUCGACAAUCUCGACAACUCCUCUCUCGUUUCGAUCCAACGCGUCAAGGAACUCGCCGGAGAUCAUGGACAAAAUCUCACAUUCCACCAGGUGGACGUUCGCGAUAAACCCGCGCUUGAGAAGGUUUUCUCCGAGUCAAAGUUUGAUGCAGUAAUGCAUUUUGCUGGACUGAAAGCAGUCGGGGAGAGCGUGGCUAAACCGCUUCUGUAUUAUAACAAUAACUUGAUUGGGACUAUUACACUUUUGGAAGUAAUGGCCGCACACGGAUGUAAAAAACUUGUAUUUUCUUCUUCGGCUACUGUGUAUGGCUGGCCAAAGGAGGUUCCUUGUACAGAAGAGUCCCCCUUGUCUGGAAUGAGUCCUUACGGAAGAACAAAGCUGUUCAUUGAGGACAUUUGCCGUGAUGUACAACGUGGUGAUCCUGAAUGGAGAAUCAUAAUGCUGAGAUACUUUAACCCUGUGGGAGCUCACCCUAGCGGUCGCAUCGGUGAGGAUCCUUGUGGAACUCCAAAUAAUCUCAUGCCUUAUGUCCAGCAAGUCGUUGUUGGGAGGCUGCCUAACCUCAAAGUUUAUGGAACCGACUAUACCACUAAAGAUGGCACCGGGGUACGAGACUAUAUUCAUGUUGUUGAUCUAGCAGAUGGCCAUAUAUCUGCGCUUCAAAAGCUAGAUGAUUCUGAAAUAGGUUGCGAAGUAUACAAUCUAGGAACCGGGAAAGGAACAACGGUGUUGGAGAUGGUGGAUGCAUUUGAAAAUGCUUCUGGAAUGAAAAUUCCACUGGUGAAGGUUGGAAGGAGACCAGGUGAUGCAGAGACCGUCUACGCGUCAACCGAUAAGGCUGAACGUGAACUAAACUGGAAGGCAAAAUUUGGAAUCGAAGAAAUGUGUAGGGAUCAAUGGAACUGGGCAAGCAAUAAUCCUUUCGGUUACGGUUCUUCACCAGAUUCAACAUAACAAAAGCUAAAUCCCAACCACACUCCAUUACAUUUCUUGGUCUCUAUGGUUCACCUCUCAGCUUCAUCAUACUCAUACUCAGCUCUAAGCUUUGAAGCCAAAAACACAGUGAGGAAGCUACUUACUUCUCUAUUCCAUAUAUUAUUUGCGUUCUCCUUUUGUAAUUUAUAUUUACAUAUAUAUUACACGAAUAGGCUUAACUUCAGUGGAUUCUUUUGUUUAUUGGAUUUGUAUCAUCUUUUCUUAGGAAAUUCUUUCUUCUUUUUAUGUUAUUUAUUUAUGGAUUAUAUUUGUAUUAAGUAGAAAUUGGAAUUCAGUUUUUUUUUUUGUUGUU